AUGGCGUUCCCAAUCACACUCAACUCGAAUGCAGAACUGCAAGAAGCAUCAACUUUGGACGCAGACGCGUUCCGGUCAAUCCAUGUCUCGGAUAAAAAGCCUCAACUCAACUCGUGCGCACGGCUUCCCGCGUUUAUCGGUCUGGCCGUUGUUCGAGAAGCAUGGGCGACGACGUUGUCCCGAAUAUUGAACGCCACAAGGUCUCUCAGCUUCAAUAUUGAGCAUGUCGGUGACUCAAUCACCCUGAUUCAAGUGAGGCUGGCCUCUGGAAGCCCCCCGAUCACGCCCAUCACGCCCAUCACGCCCCCGGCGUCACCAGGUACGACACUUGAAAGUCUCGUGUUAAACGAGACUUCUAUAGUCUAUAUCAACCCUUGUAGCAACGAGAAGAUUUCGAAUCAGCAAGCGCAGUCCAAGUCUUCCAGCCUUUUAUCAAGCCAGAGCAACAUUGGCCUCGAGGUGAUUCAUCACGAUUGCCAAUGGCAUCUGGAACUUUGGUACAGGUCCAGUGCGGUAUCGCCAGUCCAAGCGAAUGAGCUAGUCGAGCUCUUUCAGCAAGAUUUGGAAGCUUUGUUCAAGUCACUAGCAGCAGCUUUGCCGCCUUCUCCCCCAGCAGGCGCACUUGAAGAGGUUCAAGUCUCCGUGGAGGUGGAUCAGGCUUCGGAUUGUCCCAAGAUCGAUCGCUGCAUCCAUGACCUUGUGGAAGAGCAAGUCAUAGUUCGGCCACAGCAAGAAGCUGUAUGCGCACAUGAUGGCUCCCUUUCCUUCGCCGAUUUGUCAGCGCUUUCCUCAAAAUUGGGUCACCAACUUAACUCUCUAGGAGCCUGUGUGGAGCAACGGGUGGCCAUACUGAUGCCCAAGUCGCGAUGGUACUCUGUAUCUGUGCUUGCAACACUAAAGGCGGGGGCAGCAUUCGUUCCACUAGACCCGAGUCAUCCCGACAACAGACUGCGCCAGUUGAUUGAAGAUAUCGAGCCGUGCGCACUCGUCACAGUUUCUUCACUUUCCGCCAGAGCACAUGCCUUGGAAUGCUCGAAUGUGCUUACCAUUGACGACAUGGACUUUGACACUCAACCGGAAGAACAGCUCACGGCUCCAGUCACCCCCAGCAACGCAGCAUACAUGAUUUUCACAUCUGGAUCUACGGGAAAGCCAAAAGGAGUGGUUGUGGAACAUUCGGCGUUAGCGACCAGCGCUAUAAUGCGAGGUACUGUUCUAGGGCUGGGUCCGGACUCGCGUGUUCUGCAAUACGCACCACAUACAUUUGACGUCAGUGUGGAUGAGAUUCUAACAACAUGGAUCCACGGAGGGUGUGUAUGCGUGCCAUCGGAGAACGAUCGUUUUAUGAUUGCCGAAUUCAUGGAGGCGAAGCGGGUCACCGCAGCUUUGCUGACGCCCACGUCGGCUCGAACUUUGAACCCUGACGACGUUCCCUCUCUGCGCACGCUUCAGACCGGUGGCGAGGUCCUUACAGAGGACGUGAACGAUAAAUGGUCCAACCGAGUGACACUUUUCAAUGUAUAUGGACCAACAGAGGCCAGCGUUGCAUGCGUCAUCAGCAACAGGACUGGCCUUCGGGGUACCGGACAUGUCCUUGGGCAAGCAGUCGGAGGAAAGUGCUGGGUCGUCGAUCCUGACAAUCUAUCAAAGAGACUGGCCCCUGGCGAGAUUGGGGAGCUCUUGAUCGCAGGGCCAAUUCUCGCUCGCGGAUACUUUCGUGAUCCAGCCAGGACAGAAGCGUCUUUUGUUCGGUUGGCCACUGGAGAAAGGGUGUACAAAACCGGUGACCUAGCCAGCAUGGACGCAACCGGGACCAUUUCUUAUCAUGGCAGGAAGGACUUGGAGGUCAAAAUUCGGGGACAACGUAUCAACGUUGCAGAGGUUGAGCACGCCAUUAUUCAAUGCGACUCCGUCCAUAGCGCUGCCGUCGAGUAUCCUCGAUCAGGGCCCUGCGCCGAACGACUGGUGGCAAUCAUAUGUGCAGAAAGCUCUGACAGUGAAGCCAAACAGCCGGUCGAUUUGUUCGCGCAAGCAAAAGCUCUCGAUUAUGAGUCCCUCAAGCCACUUCUUGAUCAUGUGUCUGGCGUUUUGACACCAGCAAUGGUGCCUUCGAAGUGGAUAACUUUGCCCUACUUGCCACAGACGACUUCAGGAAAGGUAGACCGCAAGCAGGUACGAGCCUGGCUGGAGGAUAUUGGAACCGACACCUAUAAUCGAAUCUUCCAUAGCACGCUGGAUCGCACGCCUGAGCGCGUUCUAGCAGAUGAUUCGGACAGUUUAGUCGCUGUCUGGAGCAAGGUGCUCAAGCUGGAGCCUCGCCAUCUCCACCUCAAUCAAUCCUUCAUUCGAAACGGUGGAGACUCGAUCAUGGCAAUGGAAGCUCGGACCUUGGCCCACAGUGCGGGAAUAGUGGUCAAUAUUCAUGAUCUCCUGAGCACCCAGAGCUUGCACGAGAUCGGUCUAAAAGCAGCCUCAUCUACUCAGUCAGUCGGUCCUUCUACCUUCGAAGAAGAUACAGAUGAGCCCUUUGCGCUCUCUCCCGUGCAGCAGAUGUACUUCGAGAAGAUUCAGGAUCCAAGCUUGGGCCUGCAACAACGUGUGUCGGUUGAAAUCACGCAGCCCAUUCACCCCGAUCAUCUGCGCAUUGCAUUGGAUUAUCUGGUCCAUCAGCACCGAAUCCUUGCUGUACGGUUUGCUUUGAAAGAGGGAACAUGGGUGCAGUAUAUACCUUCGGACAAGACCACCGAAGUGUCCUUGUAUGGCUUCUACACCACACCCCCAGAGCCUCUUGACGACUUUUGUACCGCGCCAAUGAGCAUUGAGCAAGGGCCCCUGUUCCAUGCGCAUCUGGGAACUUCCGAUAACGGACCCCAAAACCUGAUUCUGUGUGCCCACCAUCUAGUGGUGGACUUUGUGUCGUGGAGGGUCAUACUGCAUGAUCUGCAUGAUGCCCUACUUGCAGCUCAGAUAAAAACCGCCCUGCAGCCGGUCACGAAGCCCACUUUGACUUUUCGACAAUGGUGUCGAGAGCAGGUCAAGUACGCAUCGUCUCUUCUUCCUGACGCCGUCCUGCCCUAUCAGCCCGGCCCGCUUGGCCUGGACUUUUGGCAGCCAUUGGAUACUCCAUCUUUGGCCAACACGUACGCAGGGGUCGUGCAACAAGAGUUCCGCCUAUCAUCUAAUCAGACUGCUCAGCUUCUGAACAAGUUCAACAAUAUGCCAUCGUUGCAUCCGACUGAUGCCAUGAUCGGUGCCUUCGCUAUGGCGUUCAGACGUAUCUUCCCAGAGCGCGAAACGCCAAGUAUAUUCAUCGAGAAUCAUGGCCGAGAGCCUUGGAAUGCUUCACUCGAUGUAUCGCGCACAGUAGGCUGGUUCACAGCUGCAUAUCCAGUACACCUGCCCAAGUCCACCUUACACAAGCUUGAGGAAGCUAUACGAACAGUAGCCGAACGCCGACAAGCCACGCCCGCCAAUGGUCACGCUUACUGGGCAUGUCGCUGGCUCUCUGCUCGCGGCAAAGAGGCUUUUGCCCAUGACUCCCGCCAUCAGCAAAUGGAGGUCGUAUUCAACUAUGCAGGCAACGUCGUUCAGCGGGCACCAGAUCAUGGUCUUUUUGGAAGCACCGUGCGUACUGCUGAGAUUGGCCAUCCUGACUGUCCGCGGUUUUCCCUCUUUGACAUCGUGGCGACGAUCGAGCAACCGAAUCAGGAGCUUGUCGUCUCAUACAGUUUCCCAGGGCACCUUGCACACCAAUCCCGCAUCCGCGAGCUUCUGCAUGGCCAUCAACAGCUCUUGGCUCUGGCAGUCAAUGAGAAUCAUGCAAUGGUGCCGCUAUCACAGCUCCACUCCUGCCCAGCCGAUAUUUCCCGACGGUUGGAGGAGCAGGGAAUGGACAUGAACCAAGAUGUUGAGAUGAUAUAUCCGGCAUCACAGAUCCAGCAGCAUAUGCUCCAGCGGCAGGCCUUGGAACCAUGGUACUACCGUGUGCGCGGUACUUGGGUUUUGGAAAAGGCCGCAAAGUCCUCAUCUGCAGUGGAUACUGAGCGUCUGAUGCUUGCAUGGAGAGAAGUGGUGAGCUACCAUUCAACACUGCGGACAGUCUAUACGUAUAGCAAUGACUUGCACAAAUUCAUUGCUGUCGUCUUGCGCAAUGUCAAUCCUUCCGUUGCGCGUCUCCAGGCUUCGGAUAAAACCACCAGCCAGUCACUAUGCAAAGACACUGAAAGCCUGACUCCGCCCCACCGUAUGGUACUUCUUGAAAUGAGCGAUGGGGCGGUUGAGUGCCAGUUCGAAUUCAGUCACGCAAUCAUUGACGCUGCCUCUCGGUCAAUUGUCCUGCAGCACCUUGCGGAUGCUUACGAGGGAACAAUACAUCAGCGGUCAUUUGAGGCUCCAUCGUACUGGGAAUAUCUCAAUCAUGUUCAGUCAGAAGCAAGCGACUCCUCAGUCACCACAAAAUCACUAGCUCCUUCGGGUGCCGUGGCUGCUCUUCCGUUCGAACUUCCACAGCCUGGAACGUCCAUUCUGGAGACUUGCAUGGCGAACGAAAUCACCGUCUCAAGCUUCUUUAUGACAGCCUGGGCAAUCGUCCUAUCACGGCAGCUCGGUAAUCAAUUUGUUUCAUUUGAUUACGUGCUCUCGGACAGGUCCGUUGACAUAGCCGGCAUUGAGUCGGCCGUGGGUCUCUUCAUCCGACUACCAGCAUGUAAAAUUGCCAUCGCACCCGAUACGCCUGUUGUAGAACUGGCCCGACAGAUUCACGCGCAGCGUACACGUGUUUCGGAGUCUGAAAAUUGUCUUCCAAGCAAGUCGACCGCAACGCAAGGACUUGCAACGCUCGUCAACAUUCGAAAUAGUGGCACAGAAAGUCUAGACAUGACUGCCGGGGGCGUACGGUGGAGCCUAAGGUCAUUUGAUGAUCCGUGGGACUAUGACCUCGUCUUUGCGGUGAAUGUGCGGGGGUCACAGGUACUUGGAUGCUCGAUCGAGUACACAGAAGGUGUGGUGUCGGAAUCAGUAGCCUCGAGUUUUGCAGAAAGUCUUACCAGGAAUGUGGAGACAAUGAUGCAGGCAAUGAUGUAA